UAACAAGCCCAUUAUGUUGCACAUGGAGGACUUGUCAACAAAAUACUUUAUGGAUUUCUUGGUAAGGCUGGUCUGACUAAACCGUAAAGACCUGCUGAAUUCGGUAACGGAGCUGAACAAGAGAGAAGACCAUCAUCUUUCGCGCGCUCGAAGCUCCCCCGCGCGAACCACCAUCACACACGCAUGCACAUCAUCAGCGCGCGCAGGGAUCAAUGCACGGGCUCUGGCAACACCUGGCGCCCUUUACUAAACGUAUACAAAUAUAGAUAAUGACAUUAUAGCCCAUAGGCUAUAGAUCCAUAUGACUGUAUGGCGAGGUUAGUUAAUAUGCGUAGCCAUUUACGCGCAAAAGCCUUUUUUUUUUUUUUUUUUUUUUACAGAUGUGUCUUUCGAGUUUCAAUGAUCUGACAACUUAUAUUGUAAGUUCAGGGUUAAGUUAUAGACUACAGUGUACUUCUGUUAUAAGGCACAGACCCUGAGCUUUCGAACAAAGUCACGCAGGGAGCUAGGGAAACGGAGCGCAACGCUUAUUAUAAUAGGUUAGUGACUCUUUCCCUCACACACACUCUCACACAGAGAGAGAGCGACACACUGGGAUGGAGAUGUAACAGCGCUGCGAAGGCGGUUUCCACGGCGAUUAAGCAUUUUGGAGGCAGUUUUUAACCGCUGUAAAUAGAAGAGAGACAGAUAACGCGAUCGACUCGACAAGCCUAGGCGGUAGGAUCAAAAAGGGGGGCACUACGUCAGACUAGUCAGGCUGUGCCACUGGGGCAAGUACCACUGAGACAGAGGGAGGACAUCGCUCCUUCCACCAACAAGCUGAAGAAGGCUGGUUGAGGCUGACAAACCCACAGACAACACACACACAUUCUCACACGACACACACACACACACGUAAAAAUGAUCUCACACACAUGUGGCCCGCAGCAGAAAUUGAGCAGUUCACACUGGACAAUUAUCAAGCAAUAUCAACUUUAGUCGCUAAUCCCCGACAAUUUGAGGAGACAAAAAGUGUCUGGGUGGAUAGCGAGCCGUGUCACUAUAGGCUUUAAGAGAUUAUUCAUUAUAAUCCUCAAAGUGAAGGACAACAAGUGGCCCAGACUCCUGUGACCUCCCAUCCCACCACCACCUCCUUGUCCUCCUCCUCCUCAUCCUCCUCCUCAUCCUCCUCCACCUCCUCCACCACCUCCUCCUCCACCACCUCCUUCUCCUCCACCUCCUCCACCACCUCCUCCACCUCCUCCGCUUUCUCUAACCUCUUCUAAUCUCUGAGGUGUGAAACGUUCUUUAUUCCCCCCAGCUGGUUCAAUCUAUACAGACACACACAGACUGACUGGAUGACCAUCUGGACCUAUGGAAGUCAACAUGAAGACAACAUAAACCCACCAGCAGAGAGGCCUUGAAGACUGACUCUCCUGGAUACUGACUGAGUUGCCAGAUGCUACUCUGGAUGGGGCUGGAGGCUGUAGGCUGUUAGGCUAGCUAGGCCAUGCUGCUCCCUGUGCCUUCCUCCUCUCCCAUGCUGUUUCCCUGGAAACCUAUAGGCUGCAAACAUCAUCAUCGUCAUCUUCAUCGCUCAUCAAUGCCACAGGAAGUACGGUGGCUUGGAGGGAACUGACUGAACCUCUGAACUACUACGGACAGAGUGGACCGGAACUGUCAUCACACACACACACAUACGCGCGCGCACACACACACACACUGACUUGUCACACACACACACACACACACACACACACACGAACAGCCCCUUCAGCUGUGGAACAGACAGAAGAAGACAGAAGGCAAAGAGAGACUCAGCACUGAGAGGAGGCCGGGACUAUGGCUGCCGAGAGUCUGGUAGAGCUCCGUGAUUGGCUCUUCCUGCUCCUCCUGUGCCUGACUCUACUGGCCGAGAUGCUGGAGUUGGCGGCGGCAGCAGUUGCCAUGGAGGAGGGCGAGGAAGACUUCCUGUGCCCGUUGGUGUGUCGAUGUGACGAAGGCUUCGUCUACUGUAACGACCGGAGCCUGAGCAUGAUCCCUCCUCUACCGCUAACGGCUACCGUUCUCUACCUACAGAGCAACCGGUUGGCCAACUCCGGCCUGCCGCCAUCGUUGGAGCGCAGCAGUAGCAUACGUGUGGUCUACCUUUACGCCAACCAACUAGACGAGUUUCCUUUACACCUGCCGCCGUCGCUACGGGAACUACACCUGCAGGACAACAACAUUCGGACGUUGCCGCGCCUGACGUUGGCCAGGUUACCAUUACUAGAGAGGCUACACCUGGACGACAAUUCCAUCUCCACGGUGAGCAUCCAGGAGCGGGCCUUCUCCGGCACGCCGCGGCUGAGGUUACUCUUCCUCUCCCGGAACCACCUGUCCAGCAUCCCAGCCGGCCUCCCGGCUUCUUUAGAGGAGCUGAGAUUAGACGACAACCGCAUCAACACCAUCCCCACCCACGCAUUCCGGGGCCUGGCCUCACUGAGACGCCUGGUCCUGGACGGGAAUCUCCUGGCCAACACCCGCAUCGCCGACGACACCUUCUCCCGCCUGGCUAACCUCACGGAGCUGUCGCUGGUCCGCAACGCCCUGCAGGCCCCGCCCAUCAACCUUCCCAGCACACACCUGAUGAGGCUGCACCUGCAGGACAACGGGCUGAUCCACAUGCCCCGGGGGACCCUGGACGGGAUGAGGAGGCUGCAGAGGCUGGACCUGUCAGGGAACAACCUGACCACUCUGCCCCGGGGGCUGCUGAGGGACACGGACGGCCUGGAGCUGUUGCUGCUCCGGGGGAACCCCUGGUACUGUGGCUGCAACCUGCUCUGGCUCCACGCCUGGCUGUAUGGCCGCGGGGCAGCGGUGACGGUACGGGGCCUGACCUGCCACGGGCCGGAGGUGGUUCGAGGCCAGGCCCUCAGGGACCUCUCUGGGCUCAUGGACCAGUGUGAAGGCCCACCAGGAGGGGUGAACACUGUCUCUAGUACUACCACCACCUCCCUCCCCAGCCAGGGCUCUAUGUUUACCCUCAGGGCCAUGCGGCCAGGCCUGGUGAUGCCGUUACCACCGGGAGGAGGAGAGGCGGGGGGGCACGCCUCACACGACGCUCUAGAACUCACGGUGAAGCCCCUGUCUGCGGACAGCGUGCAGGUGACGUGGCUGUGCCCACGGCCAGCGCCCUCCUUCAGGCUAUCGUGGCUGAGGCUGGGCAGCAGCGCCGCUCUGGGUUCCAUCACAGAGACGCUGGUCCCCGGGGAGAGACAGCAGUACCUACUGACCCAGCUCACGCCACAAUCACACUACCUCGUCUGCCUGCUCCCCCUGCGCUCCACCUCCUCCCACUCUGGAGGGUCACAGAGAGGACAGCAGCAGGAAAAGGACACAACAGACCAGACCCCCGUCUGCGCUCAGAUAGAGACGGGGGAGGCUCUGCGCCCCGAGGGGGGAGACGGGGGUGAGGACUCAGACACAGAGAUGGCAGCCCUCCCCCUGGCCGAGAUCAUCGGCGGAGCCACGGCCCUGGUCUCCCUCAUGCUCAUCUUCGGCAUCUUCUGCUGGUACGGCCAGCGCGCCGGGUAUGUCUCCGGGGAAACAGACUCCUAUGGGGUCCGAGGACAGCGCGGGGUCGGAAUGGGGAAGCCAUACGAUGACUACGUGGAGUCGGGCACUAAGAAGGACACCUCCAUCCUGGAGAUCAGGAGCCCCGGCUUGGCCAUGACGCCCAUGACGACCCAUCAGCCACUGCAACCCAAAGGAGGGGAGGAUGUGACCUACGUGCACACCAUCUUCCCCUCAUCGCACAGUAACGGCACCUACCGGAGCAACCAGAGUCACAACGGCAUCAUCACCCAACUGGGUCACACGGCGGGCUACGGGACCAACCGGGGUUACCGGGAGCAAGGGAUGAUCCCGGAUAUAGACUACACCUACACGUGAUGACAUCAUCUAAGACACACUUCUCCCACCCCCACCGGUUGGACGGUGUUCUAAGGAUACGGUUCUAACAGGCGGUUGGUUGGUUGGUCUUCUUGGUUCCAAAGUAUCCUCUGUGCCUCCUCAGUUCUGCUCUGAAUCUUAUUGGUCUGUUACUUAGCUGACUGGCUUGGGCUGCUGUGUCCCCUAAGGGCAACCACACGUACAUGUUAGCUAGGUGACAGACGUGCCAGUCAAGUCGUACCAUGCUGGGUAUUGACCUACGAUAAUGUUUCAGUGCUUCUCAUGUUUAAACGUUUUGAGGUCUUUACAGCUACUGCACUCUUCCUUCUAUUCCAUAAAACACUGUUAGUAGUCUGAGGUGGAUGUUUAGGCCUAGGCAGACGAUAUAGGCAAAUAUAUACCAGAAAGUAGCACUUGUGUAGAUGGCUAAACUACUAAAUACUUCUGUUUACACUGUGUAGACACACAGUUACGGGUUUGAUGGAACUCAUAACAACUUACAAACAACAACUCAUCAUCACUGACUGACAAAACAAAUAUAUGUUCCUAUCUUAGAGACAUGUUCCUAUCAGAGAGAGAGAGAAAUAGAGAGAGGGAGAGAGAGAUAUAGAGAGAGAUCUAUAUAGAGAGAUAUAUAUAUAUAUAUAUAGAGAGAGAGAGAGAGAGAGAGAGAGAGAGAGAGAGAGAGAGAGAGAGAGAGAGGGAAAUAGAGAAAUAGAGAGAUAGAAAUAGAGAGAGAGAUAUAUAGAGAGAAAGGGAAAUAGAGAGAGAGAGAAAUAGAGAGAGACAUAGAGAGAGAGAGAGAGAGAGAGAGAGAGAGAGAGAGAGAUAGAAAUAGAGAAAUAUAUAUACAGUAUAUAUUGAGGGAGAGAAAUAGAGAGAGGGAGAAAUAGAGAGAGGGAGAAAUAGAGAGAGAGAAAAACAGAGAGAGAGAGAGAAAUAUAUAUAAAGAGGGAGAGAAAUAGAGAAAGAAAGAUUGGGAGAUAGAGAGAGAAAAUACAGAGAGAGAGAAAUAGAGGGAGAGAAAUAGAGAGAGAGAAAUAGAGAGAGAGAGAGACAGAGAGAGAGAGAGAGACAGAGAGAGAGAGAGACAGAGAGAGAGAGAGAGGGGGGGGAGAGGUUAAGAGAGAGACAGAAUAAUUGAGGAUGAGAGGGAGAGAGGAGAUAGGGAGAGAAGGUGGAGAGUGAAGAGGGAGAGCAAAGAGAGAACUAAUGGCAGAGGGAAACGGUGAAAAGGGUAGGAAUAUAUGAAAGGAUAGAGUAUUUUGCUUAUCGCAUGUCAUCACAAUAUGAAAAGUAAAGGCAUGUUAACUGGACUAGAAAUGUUUCCAAUCAAAUUACGUAAAUCAACCCAAAGUAAAAGGCAUUUUCUAUUGGUCUAUUGGUUGCUAUCAGGAAAGAUGGAGAAAAAUACCUGCGUUUACAGUGAUGUACCCAUUCACCCCACAGACAUCUGAACACAGCAAGCUGUAAUAACUACCAUUAUAUGGAGCUAUUAUACUAUCUGAUAGCUCCCCAUUAUAUAGCUCCGUAGUAUCUCUAUGUACAUCAUAGACAGACAGUCAGGUCACAGGUAGGGGGCAGAGAGUUCUGUAGAAAUCAGGGAUCAACCAAACUGCAGCACUGUGCUUCUCUGCACUCUAAUCACACACACACACACACACACACACACACACACACACACACACACACACACACACACACACACACACACACACACACA